AUGCCACUGUUGACGGUGAAGCAACUGUUCUUCUUGCUCGUCUUUUCGCUGAUCGGUCUUACGUUCUGGAUAACGGUGCUAGAACGUGACACUCGGCAGAAUCCCGCCGGACUGCUCGACGGGUUGCUCGGGCAACUUAAAGGAGCCGGCAAACACCAGACAGUGGGAACGGCCCCAGACCAGAGCGCCACAGAGUACGAUCCCGAUGGAGCCCCGGGCGAUAUGGGUCUUCCGGUGGUGCUCCCUAGCGAUCUGUCGCCGAAGGUCCAAGCGAAGGUGCAGCGUGGUUGGGCUGAGCAGGGUCUCAACGUGUACGUGUCGGACAUGAUUUCGCUCCGGCGAAGGUUGCCGGAUGUGCGCGAUCCUUGGUGCCGGGCGGAAGAACAGGCUAGGCGAGAUCGACAGAUUGGACCCGGCACACUGCCCGCGUCGUCGAUUGUGAUCGUGUUCUACAACGAGGCUUGGUCGGUGUUGCUCCGGACCGUGCACUCCGUGCUUGAUCGCACACCGGGCGAGCUGAUCGAGGAGAUCCUGCUCGUCGACGAUCACUCGCCGAUGGAGCAUCUUCACAAGCGGUUGGACGAGUACGUGGCCACGCUGCCACGGGUACGUAUCAUCCGUGCCCCGACCCGGAUUGGACUGAUCCGUGCGAGACUCCUCGGUGCGAAGGCAGCCCGGUCCGACAUCGUUACCUUCCUGGAUGCGCACUGCGAGGUGAUAGAUGGUUGGCUGGAGGCUCUGGUGGCACACGUCGCCCCGAACGAAACGAUGAUCGCUAUCCCGGCGAUCGAUUGGAUACACGAGGACACGAUGGCGCUGAACGCACAGAACUCGGUCCGGUACUACGGUUCGUUCGAUUGGGGCCUCAACUUCCAGUGGCGUGCUCGGUCGGAUCGGCUCGCUAAACCCGCGCCCAACAGCCAUCCGGCCGCACCGUACGAUACACCGACGAUGGCCGGUGGACUGUUUACGAUCAACCGGACGUUUUUCGAGCGGCUCGGUUGGUACGACGAAGGCAUGGAGAUUUACGGUGGCGAAAACAUGGAGCUCUCGUUCAAGGCGUGGAUGUGCGGGGGCACCCUGCAGAUUGUGGCCUGCUCGCGGGUGGCCCACAUUCAGAAGCGGGGCCACCCGUACCUGCGCCAGAUCAGCGGCGCGUACGGCAAGAUCCGUCGGAACUCGAUCCGGUUGGCCGAGGUGUGGAUGGACGAGUACGCCGACUACUUCUACGACUCGUUCGGUGGCCGCGUGAAGCGCGGGGAUUUUGGUGAUCUCACCGCACGUCACGAGCUGCGCGCGAGGUUGCAGUGCAAACCGUUCCGUUGGUACCUCGAACACGUGUUUCCCGAGCAGUUCGAUCCGAGCCGGGCCGUUACGCGGGGUGAAAUCCGAUUCGGGGCUGCCGAUCGGUCCCAUCCAACUUGCCUCGAUUGGCCGGCUGAACUGAGGGUGUUACCGUGCCACGGUACCGGUGGCCACCAGCUGUGGUAUCUUACGGCCAGUGGAGAGGUAACGCGCGAGGAUCACUGUCUCGACUACGACGGGCAGCAGGUGGCGGUGUUUCGGUGCCACGGGAUGCGUGGUAACCAGCAGUGGAGCUGGGACGCGGACACUAAGCUCCUGCGGAAGCUGAUGUACGAACGGUGUCUCCAGUGGGACGGUGCCGCGUUCCGGCUCGAGACCUGCGAUCCGGCCCUGGCGAACCAACGGUGGUUGAUGCAAAACUAUAACCCCAACAAUCUGUGA